GCUGUCGAGUAGAUCACAGUCUCGGUUACCAGUUAGUUCUUUAUCAUCUGCCUAGCAGGAAAAGUCUGCUUCGGAAAACUGUUGCUAAUAGUUUAUUAGCUUAAUGUUUAAUAUUUCAUCCCGGCAGCAGGUGACCCAUAAACCUGCUGUGAUGUACGCACAAAGCAUUUUAAACCUGGCCGAAGGGAAUCAGAUGAAAUCUAUCACCGUUGCCAUAAAGAUCUGAGCUACGGUAUCUUACUGCCCGCAAUGGCCAGUCACGGAACGCCAGCACAAUCGAUCCAAGCACGUUUCGCUCAGUGGAUCCAUAAGCCCUGGAAAUCGCUGCCGCUGCCACUAUUGCGCAGUAAGGACAUCCCAAGCAAUGACACAUAUGCCCUCGAGCUUUUUCCCGAACACGGCGACCUUGACACCAUCCCCGCGGAUAGCAACUAUCGGCAAAUCUUGGGGAAAAAGCUACAUCCCGUUGUAUACGAAGGCGCAGCGGGACAAUUAUCUUUAGGCUAUGUGUGCGAUGUGGACUGGCCAGGGUGUCGCGUACUGGUGGAUUUUGUCUGUCGCAGUCACCCACCCCGUUGGGUGCCUUUCGGGAAAGUCCGCCGGCAUCGUAACAUAAGGAGCUACGAGGUUAACCUGAAAGCCCCGGUCUCAGCUGCGCUGCGGCUGAGCUCCGACCAACCCUUUGUAUUCCAACCGGUGCGAAUUAUCUCUCCCGAUUGCUACGCCGAUUCCGGUCUCAUCUAUGUAGAAACUGUACCCCCGGAACGCGCUGUUCCCAUUCGGAAAUUCAUCCGUCCCAUUCAACUGCGCGGGGUGCCAAAGUAUCCGCAAAAUUAUCUCCCUACUGAUGAGUCACUGUCCGUUCAAAGAUACUGUCAGCUGUUGCGGGAACAAACGGCUCGUCUGAUUCCUGGAAAAAAAGCGGAAGAUGUUGAUCUGCAACGUCUGCUACGGGCGUUGAACGAUAUUCCUUGGAUGAAAGUAGUGCGCAUCUGGGUGGAUGCCGAGUGCGUCCACUGUGUCUAUACGAACAUCAAACCAGGCAUCCUGGGCGGGAAGUAUCUGGAUGGUCUGGUCUUCAGGUCCUAUCAUUGCCACGCUAAUCCGCCCGGAGUUUUCCCGGGCUUCGACAAUGCUGACGUUCGCCAAACCCAUUCUACGUCCUUGGGAAUGUUGCCAUACGAAUUACAAGAACGGAUUGUGCUGGAUAUUCAAGACUUCCACAGCGUCGUUAGCGCCCAAAGAGUCUGCCAGAUCUGGUACGACAUUUUAAACAGUCACCUGCCAUACCAACACGUGGCGGUCGACUUGAGAAAUUUAUUACCAGAUUGUACAAGCGGUCAGGAGCGAACAUACAACCGGACCCAUCUGAUCAACGUCCUCGACCAUGCCGUGACGACAUCCACCGUGUCCCUUAUGCUGGUGAACGGCAGUGUGGACUCUGAUUUGGAAUUGUGUAUAUAUCGGUUUGUGUCGCUAAAACGUAUUUGUCUGCCGAUGAUCGUGUUGAAGAAUGUCCGAUGUAUUCGCGAAGCAGGAGAAAUCUACGGGGAAAAGAAGCAGCUGAAGUGGGCCAAUCUCAGUCACUUAUCCCUGGCGUGCCAUGUACUGUACUUACGCGACGUCACUAUUCCGACUCCCUUCCGUUCCAUCGCCAGAUUAUGGUCGUCCACAACCAGAUUCCCAGAGGAUGACGAGAUCGUGGUGGACAACGCCGCGCUGCAUUGCACGCCUAACAAAGCCGAUCGGCUGCAGCAAUUCCUGAGAAUUUUGGACGCCAACUGCCCCGAACUGACCGCCUCUGAAUGGGACGACAUUAACGAAGCCUACCACGCGAUUAUGACAAGUGCCGUACACCCAUUCCACAGUCGGCUUGUACACCUACUCAAGUUGCUGCAUGAACCGGUAACCGGGCAGCUGCAAGCGCCGCUUUCCAGACUAGCCGCCCAUGCCUUCCGCUACUGCGGUCUCACGGAGGAACCCUUUUCCGGCAGCCACCAGUAUAGCCGCUUAACGUCACGCAACUACAAUCACAUCUAUCACAUGCCAUCAGUCACCAGUGGCUCCUACUUCUGCGAUAGGCCGCUUCAAGUCGGGAACUACACUUACUUCAGCCGGCUCCUAGACUAACAUAGGUCUCUGAGGUUUGCAGGAUGUUUACUGUCAUUGGGUCUCUUUAAUACACUUUCACUUCUGUAUUCGUAGCGGGCGCAGAAAUAUACGCAUCAACUGCGCCAGAUUUCGGUCGGACGACGAUUUAAAGACGAGAUACGAUUGAUUUUGUAAUGGGUUUUCUGUUAAGCAGUUUUUUUAGAUUAAUAUUCAUUGAGGUAGUAAUUAGAUAGUGUUAGUAACUUCCAUGCUAUUGUUGCAUCCCAACGGAAGCUAGUCAAAUUCUGUUCGGUCGAUUUACUGACAUGCACGGGAAAUAAUGUCGCUGAAAACGCUUUUUCACACCGAUCCUAUUAUUUCAUUACAAAUGCAGAUACUUAUGUGUUAUUUGCUGAUUCAUGCUUUUCUAUUUUUAAUGUAACGUGUCUGCUGACUCGGAUUGGGUCUGGCUCCAGAUUGUAUGCGGACGUUAAA